AACUACGAACCUCCGCUCAUUAUCAGUCUUCGACUUUGCCUACAAUUGUAAAGACUCUGUCAUCGGUUAACGACACCCCGAACCACGAUAUUUUACUAAAAUGCUUAAGGUGGUAGUUUUCGUGGCGAUGGGGCUGGCUUGCAGCGAAGCCUCGGUCCUCGGUUACGGUGAAUACAGCGAUCCUCGCGUUGCCGGUUACGGUGGAUACGAGCACGGAAUAUCUCACGCUGGACUCGUUUCUCCCAUCGUAACGAAACUCGGUUAUGGUUACAAUCCGCAAGGUUACUCGACGUACGGAGCUUACGGAGCUUACGGAGACGGUGGUUACGGGCACGAAGAUUACAGCCACGGAGCUUACGGACUCGAUUCCCACGACUCUUACGCCUAUCCAAAGUACUCGUACGAGUACGGCGUGAACGAUCCUCACACCGGUGACGUCAAGAGUCAGCACGAAGUGCGCGACGGUGACGUUGUCAAAGGUUCUUACAGUUUGAACGAGCCCGACGGUACGAUUCGUGUGGUCGAUUAUACCGCUGACGCGCACAACGGUUUCAACGCUGUCGUCAAGAAAAUUGGACACGCAGUUCAUCCUUCCCCAAUCGUUAAAUACGUCGCAUCCUCUGUUUACGCAGAACCCUCCAUUCACGGGGGUUAUCCGUACGCCAAAUAAUUUCGCAGCUCCAUUAUAAUCAUCGAGAGGAGUGGCUCGGGCCGAGAAGAAAAAAUGUUGAAAUUAUGGACACAAAUAUUCAGCUGCUAAAUAAAAAUGAACGAGAACAAAUGCUCCGAAACAAAUUUGCGA